AAGAAGUCACUCGUCUCCAGGACGCAAUGACACAUCUGAUGGAUCAGACCGGAGAGAAGACACAACAAGAGGUGGCUGCUGUACGUGCAGUGCAACAAGAAUAUCAGCAAACUCGUCGAAGAACUACGUCAAAUGGAAAUUGAUCUCGCUGAGAGGCAAGUGACACUGGACAGGGCACAAAGAGAAAAGAAAACAGUAGAAAAAGAACUUGAAAAGGUCCUGAGGGAGAGGCCCGAGGAUGGUUCACGACACUCGAAUGCUCUUCAGCAAUUUCAGUCUCGGAUAGGUCUUGCUGAAAGAGCACGAGACGAACUGCAGUUGAAACUGAAUACGAUCGCAACACAGUGCAGACAAAAGGAGAUCAGCUGGGAACAGGAACGUAUGCAUUCGGAGUCCCACGUCGCUGAACUUGAACGUCGCCUUCAGUCAAGAGAUCAGGAAUGCGAGCAGCUUCGCGAUGAAAGAAUCAAGUUACUAGGCGAUCUAGAUCAGACAAAUAGACAAGCUAGGACAGCAGAACAAAGCCGGGAAGCUAUGGAGCGAAAACUGGCCCAAGAAGUGGCGACACUUCAACAGCAACAGGCCAUAAAAGAGAAGGAAUUUUCACAUCAGCUAGAAAACAGCGGAGAUGCUCAUCGACAGAAUACACACGAACUUAGGCAAUUGCUAACAGCUCAAAGACGAAUUGGAGCAAAAUGGAGAGAAGAGUCUAAAGCAUUGGCUUCCAAGUUAGAACACACAGUCUCCGAAAUGAGAGCCGAAAUGAUUCGACUAAAAAGAAGGAAUGAAGAACUCACCAUACAAAUCGAAUCGGCGAGAACCGCUCAGCACGAGAGUGAGCAGCAAGUCGGAGAUCUCCAAUCUGUACAAAGCCGACUGAAACGCCUUCUACAAGACGCCGAAUCAAGAGCUGACACAGCAAGUCGACAAAUUGCUACACUACUUUCUCGUGAAAGGCAACUGCUAGACGAAAGAAAAGUGUUGCAUCGAGAAGUCGACCGCAUGCACAUGCAAGCGACACACAGAAGAACUGAUGUGACGAAUCGCCUCGUCAAACAAGGGACCGACUUCAUGACCGGUUUCAAUCACUCAACAACUCGAGACCCGUCCUACCAGGCUACACGGUUAGAGCUCGACGAUCCCAGAUUACUCGAUUUCGAGCUGCCCACACGGAGUCCCGCUCUUCAUCUCGAAGACUUGACCCACCCACGUCACAGAACGAGAAGACAAGACUCGGAACAUUUAUCUCAUCGUGACCGAGUAAGCAGCAGCGAGCAUUUGAGUGCAGCGGCCAUAGACAAUGAGUGAACGUAAGUUGUACUCGUGUCUAUGGUGCUCGUAGACGUUUCCGAUCGUUGGUACUUGCACAUAGCAGUUUUAUUGGAAAAUCUGUUGUAACAAAUUGGCAAGCGUGCUAGACUGUUAACAUGGUGUCCAAUAUGUUACUCAAUAAAAUAGUAAAAAUACGUAGAAGGAAAAUGGCAUUUACUGUUCUGUCAGUAAAAAGUGAAAAAUUUUCUUCCAUCUGUAGGUGGGGCUAGUGGGUCCAUCUAGGGUUGUGAUUUUAUUGGAUUAUACUUUGAAUGGAGUCUCAACCCAUCGUUACAUUGCUGUGUCACUAAUGUACCACAGCAGCAUUAUACAACAUAAUCAUGUUUUAAGCUUAAUCAAGAAAAGACAAACAAUUUAUGUGCAGUACAUGCGUUAAGCCUGUGUGUGUGUGUGUGUGU